UAUGGGAUGUUUGUUUUUGGAAUUUCAUGAUUAAAUUUUUUAGUUAACUUUCCAAGUGUUGAAAUAUGUCUCUGACCUUUAAAGAGUUAUUGGAGAAAAAAGUCAAACAUUUUUAACCAGUUGAUAAAAUAUAUUGAAAAUGGAGAAAAACAGUAUUUAUUUAGAAAAGUAUUUUAAAUCAGACAUUAAUUAUGUUAAGGACAAUAAUUAUAUAAAAGUUAAACUUGACUUUUAUGAUAUAAAGUUUUAAUUUAAAAGGAUGUUCUUUAUUAAAAACAAAAUGUAUUUUUUAAAAAAGAAGUGAACAUGACUUAUUUAAAUUGCUCGUGAAUGUUGACUGAAGUUAAACACAAAGCAUGAACAGAUCUGGAAAGGAAUGCCUAAUCAGGAGAGUGUUCACAAAUUUCUCACCCCAUAAAGUUUAGACUACAGACUACAGUAGGAAUUGGAAGACUGCUUCAGAGAUUGAGUCUUUGGACAUUAUUGAAAAGGAAACAAUUCCUUUUGUCCUGGUUUGUACAUAUGAUUAUGAUAAAAUGAAGUGUUUGUGUUCAUUGGUGUUUUGAUUCAUAUGUUAUAUGUGACUUUGGUUUUGUUUGUGGUACACUAUUUAUGUUGACUGAAAUUACUUUAAUGUCAACCAUAGUUUUAGUAUGUUUAAAAUACCUGAAAUUAAAUUAAUCUUCUAGCACUCCAUUUACUUGAACAUUUUAGGUGACAUUUAAAAUAUGCCAUGGCAUUCUUUGAAACAAGACUACCGAUGUAAGAAAGAAGUAUAUGACUGUUUGUAUGGGAGAAACAGGCUUAAUACAAGCCUUUGUAUGGAAGAACCAGGCUUAAUACAAGCCUUUGUAUGGGAGAACCAGGCUUAAUACAAGUGUGUUCAAUUUCAUCCUAGAUUAGCCUGUGAAGUCCGCAAAUGAAAAAUGAAUAACAUCUUUUUUGUCAAGCAUUUUUGAGAUCAUUAAAUAAACUAAAUAAACUAAAUGUCAUAUGAUAGGCUAUGAUAUUUUCGUAAUUUUGUGUGUGGAAUUAGUUUAUGACUGCUUAUACUGGUAUUAUGGAGGUUAUAUUUACCAUUCAGCACUAUUUGUGUUUUGCAUGUAAACAUAUUUAUGUUUACACUGAUUAUUUUUAUGUUUGAUUGAUCUUCAUAUUUGUUCGCUUUAUUUUGAAUUGAGUGGAUUAAAGCUGCUUUAAUUUUAAGUGGUUAUAAGUUGUUAAAAGAUUGUUUAAAAAUUAUUGUGUAGUUACUACCAUCUGAACAAGUGGAAAAAAAUGAAUUUUCAAAAAUAUGGUUUUUAGUUUAUUUGUGUUGAAUUUAACGAAUUAAUAUCUAUAUGUAGUAUUUAUAUUUGUGUUUUUCAAAGUUAAUUGUGAUUGCUUGCAGCUGUUUAAAAUGUUAAAUUUUUGAGAAUCUGUUUGAGACAAAAGACUUUCCAUUAGAGUUAAAUGUUCGUACUCUUGUAGUUGUAAUUAAAGUCAGACUAAUGAUUGUGUUGUUUUAUUUAGUUUGUUGUGUUUUUGUGAUAUGAGCCUCUUUAUUGGAAAACUGGGCUUGUUACAUAUGCAUGAACUGCAAUCUCAGAUAAACCUGUAAAGUCCGCGCAGGCUUAUCAAGGAAUACACUUUCCGUCUUAACUGGAUUUUUGUUAAGAAACGACUUCCUUAAAACUAACAAUUCCAUAAAAGCAGACAUUUUCUGUGCAGUCCUCAUCUGGAUUUUCGUUUAGACGAGACUUGAAUGAAACAAAAAGUUCCAUAAAAGCUUACGCUGUAGUCCCUGAUUAGCCUGUGCUAAUGCAAUAAGCCCAGUUUUCCCUGAACAAGGCUCAAAUUACUCUAGCGACAUGUACGGCUUAAGGCUAUAUUGAUUACUGUUUGUCAGACUGAUGACUUGAAAAAAAAGUCUGGGUGUGCACUUUGGAUAUAGCUUUGCCGAAUCAAGGUUAUACAUGAAUAGGACAACAAUAAUAUAAGCUGCAUCAUGCGAAAAUAAGUCUUUAUAUGCAAUAUGAAGCCAGCAUAGCUCCGAACUGGUUUGAUCUUUUGUGCAGUCUGGUUAAGACCUAUGAUGUCUGCUUUUAAGUCAGGCAGGAUUACCUGGUCUCAUAAGCGGGCAUGGCAUAUAUAAUCUGUGGCAUGCUGAAGUUUUUAAAUUCAGUAAAACUUAGAAGGAAGAAAGUUAAAAUUGAUGUGUGCUUUAUUUAUUUCAUGAUCUUACAAUCCAUGUGAAAGACACAAAUCCACAGAAUUUGAGGUCCUCCAGCUUUUAAAUUAUACAGGACCUAGUCAGAUUUUAUCUUCCUGUUUUUUAUCAAAUAAAAGCUUAUAACAUUUGCAUGUAUAUGAAUAUAUAUCCCACCAUGCAAACAGUUAAGCAAUACUUACUAUAACAAAGUAAUGACUAUUAUGUUUAUUUGAUAAGAAUAAGUUAGGAAAUUUGACAACAGUACUUCGAAAAAUGUUUUUCACUCAAUAUCACAGAAGGAUAAGAAUAGCCCAUUCAUAUGCCUUUGAAAUCAUAAUAUUUGCUUAAAAGGUCUACAAGUUUAGGUAAAGAGCCAUGAAUGCAUGGUUCUCCCAUUAAUGAUGUUUGUUAAAAGGCCAGAAACAGUUCCUGUAUUGUUAUAUCAACCAAUAAAAUAACAACAAAUUUAAAUGAAAUCAGUCGAUUUUCAUGUCAGAUACAUAGUUUUGUUUUACAUAUUAUGGUCUGUGGACUGUGAAAAGUGGGUUUAAUGCAUGUGCUUUAAGUGUUGUCACAGAUUAGCCAGUGCAGUCUGCAGAUGCUAAUAAGGAAUGACACUACUCUUAUUGUAUUUUUAGCUCGGCUGUUUUCGGAAAAACCUGAGGUAUUGGCAUCGCCAGCUCGUCUUCCGGCGUCGUGCUAAAACCUUUACAUUUUUUUAACCUUUUGAACAUUGGCUCUAAAAUCAAAGUGCUUCAACCUACAACUUUGAAACUUCAUAUGUAGAUGCACCAUGAUGAGUUCUACACGCCACGCCCAUUUUGGGGUCACUAGGUCAAAUGUCAAGGUCACUGUGACCUAAAAAAAAACCUGACAAGCUUUCAUUUAUUCAAAACUGCACCCGCAGCCAAGCGUUGGCACCCAUUAUGCGGUGCUCUUAAUUGUUUAAAGUGUUGGCCCUGAUUAGACUGUGCUGACUGCACAGGCUAAUCUGGGAAAACACUGUACGACAUGCAUUAAACCUCCUUUUCACAGAGCAAGGCUCGUAUAUUUAUACAAUUCAAUUUUUUAUUACCAGACACAAGGUUCGGUUACUUUUGAAAUUACCGGAAUAUCUGAUGCCUUUGGCAUGGGUUGAUAUCACUGCAUCAAGAUUUUGUUCAGGCAAGAAAAUCACUAGCUAUCGAUGCAAAGAGUGCAGCUAUGAACGUAAAUAUCGCAGCUCAGUUGUUGAGCACAUUCGAGUGAAGCAUACAGGCGAAAAGCCAUUCCUCUGUGGACUCUGCAACUAUGCGUCCUCAAACCAGGGCAACUUGAACUCACAUCUUGCCACACAUUUUGACAUGCGUAAUUACGCGUGCCAGAUAUGUGGCAGCGCAUUCAAGACACAGUCACAGCUCAACGGGCACAUGAGGUACCAUUACGCAGAGAAAAAAUUUGUCUGCGAAAUCUGUGCAAAGAAGUUUGUAAACAAUACCCUCUUGAAGCAGCAUUUACUAACGCAUACAUCGGAGUGCUCGUUUUACUGCCAGUAUUGUCAGAAAGGGUUCAAGACCCGACCCCUUGUAAGGCGUCACGAGGCGACGCAUACAGGAGCAGGUAGGUUCCAGUGUGAUAUAUGCGGGGCAUCGUUCUGGAGAAAAGAUUAUUGGCGCGCCCAUAUGCAGGCUAAGCACGGGGAAAACAUGGAGAAAUACAAGCGGAAGCUGGCGAUUCAUGAAAAUAGAAAAACUGAGGAAGCUGAGCCACAUAGUUUGAAUGAAUGCGGGGAUACUGGUACCAUAAUGGUUAUGGUUGGUCCAGAGCAAACCAGAAUGCAAGAAGCUGUAUUAGAUGGUUUGAACCAGGCAGGGGCUAAUAUAAGUACUAUGAUGGUUACCAUGGAUGCAGAGCGACCUAGAAUUCAUGGGCUGAGUUUGCCAGUUGAGUAUCAAAACAUUGAGCUACCACAGGAUGUAUUGGAAAGUGUCCAGGAUAAUAUUGAUUUACCACCGGAUGUAUUGGAAGGGAUCCAUGAGAGUCAUGAACAGUUUUCCAUUCAAACUUUGGAGAAUACUGAAACCACAGAGACCUUCCAAGGACAAUUGAUAACGAAUAUGACAAAUUUGUAACUCUUAACAAAAGAAAUUGUGUUUAGGUGUAGUGUUUUUUUGCUUGAAAUAUUUAAAAUGCAUGAGGUUUUUAAAGAUUGAUUCAGAUCCAAUAAAGUAUGUGUAUUUAU